AUGCCAGCUGUCUAUCAGCCAUUUGCAAUAUGAAGGGGAUGCACAAGCUCCUCCUUGCUUUCCCUGCCGGGCGACCAAACCCUUCUGGUGAGGCACCUGCCAGCUGAGCUGACUGCUGAGGAGAAAGAGGACUUGCUGAAGUACUUCAAGGCACAGUCGGUGCAUGACCUGUCAGAUAAUGGGCAGCUAAAACAUACAGCUUUUGCCACAUUCCAAAAGGCAGCUAUAAAGGCAUUGACAAGACUCCAUCAGCUGAAACUUUUAGGUCAUACUUUAGUCGUUGAAUUUGCAAAAGAGCAAGAUCAAGUUCACUCCCCAUGUCCCACUUCAGUCUCUGAAAAAAAAAAAAAAAAAAAAAAAAGGUCUGAUGACGCUGUCAAAGACGAUAAACAAAAGAAAGAACUUGGGUAUUUGACAGUAGAAAAUGGAAUUGCACCAAAGCAUGGGCUGACUUUUCCUAAUUCAUGCCUCAAGUAUAUGUACCCACCACCUUCCAGCACAAUCCUAGCGAACAGACUAAAUGCUUUGGCAAGCAUGCCUAAGUUCUAUGUACAGGUCCUUCAUCUUAUGAAGAAAAUGAAUUUGCCCACAGCUUUUAGAUCAAUUACUGUGCGACCUCCCAUCUAUGAAGACCAUAUGCCGUUGCAUGCACCUCUUCCACCCACAUCUCCUCAGCCACCUGAGGAAUCUCCUUGGCCAGACGAUGAUGAGGAAUUAUCUAGUGAAGAAUUAGAAGAUGACAGCAGUGAUGAUGAGGACCAACAGAGAAUGAACAAACUAAUGGAACUAGCAAAUCUUUAGCCCCAAAGACCCAAAACAAUAAAGCAGCUCCAUGUGAGAGAAAAGAGAAAAAUAAAGGAUAUGUUGAACAUACUUUCACGUCCUUCACAAAACAGUUUACACCCAGCGCUGUUACCUUCAGAUGUAUUUGACCAACCACAACAUGUAGGUAAUAAAAGAAUUGAAUUCCAUGUAUCUACCGACAUGCCAGCUGCAUUUAAGAAAGAUUUAGAGAACAAAAAAAAUUGUGAGAAAAAAAUAAUAUUUAUCUGUUAUGAUGCAUCCAACAGAGGAUUUGGAAGAAUCUUUCCCAAAGCUAAUUUGAACAUCACAGAAGAGAUUAAAGAAGACUCUGAUGAAAUGUCAUCAGAAUGUAUUUCUAGAAGGGAAUUGGAAAAGGACAGAAUUUCUAGAGAAGAAAUGGAAACACUUUCAGUUUUCAGAAGUUAUGAACCUGGUGAACCAAACUGUAGAAUUUAUGUAAAGAAUUUAGCUAAACAUGUUCAAGAAAAGGACCUUAAAUAUAUUUUUGGAAGAUAUGUUGACUUUUCAUCAGAAACACAGUGGAUCAUGUUUGAUAUACGUUUGACGAAAGGUCGUAUGAAAGGAUAAGCUUUCAUUGGACUUCCUAACGUAAAAGCAGCAGCAAAAGCCUUAAAGGAAGCUAAUGGAUAUGUGCUUUUUGGAAAACACAUGGUGGUUCAAUUUGCUCGAUCUGCUAGACCAAAACAAGAUCCUAAGGAAGGAAAAAGACAGUGUUAAAAAUU